UUUUGUUUCCUGGUCGCUCGUCGACAACCCGACGGCCGUCGCCUCUCGUUUCCCCGUCACCACUGUGUGUCUGAUUACUGUGUCCCGCUAUUCGUUUGUGGCGUGCUGACUUCGCUUGUCGUCGCCGUAAUCCCGUGUCCGUUGCAAAGGUGACAGGAAUAAUCGCCGCCGUUUGUCCACGGCCCGCCCCUUCCACCAGCGAUCACCACCGGACACCGUCGCGUUACGAGUAGUCCCUUGGUCGACCGAUAGCGGUACGUCGUACGCGAGUACAACACGGUCGGUUGUAACUACGCCACGUCCGUUCCGUCGAAGUGUGGUGCUCCACUAGUCCCCGGCCCUACUGGCUGCACAUCCGUUCGCCGACGCAUGAGAAUACGUAUCGGCAGAGACAGUUCCGAGCAGAUAGAUUCACGUCCCGGCCCACUGUUAUUGUUGUUAUGUUCCACGACUGCGCGCCGUCUCGGUGGGACUGCAGGCCUAGAACAGUUAGCGUCUGACACGAACCCUCCGUGCACGAUCUUUUUGUCGUCUUCGAUCUGACUGUAUACGCGUGGGUGCAUACGUGUGAUGUUCAAAGAUGAGUUCGCCAAAAAGUAAACCCAUCGCCUACCGUUCAUAUUCGACUAAAACCCAGUCUACCAAAGUUUUGAAUGGUGAAUAUAGCGGUAGUGAGAGUGAAUCAUUUGAUGACACUAACAAUGGUCACAGAACGGCAAUUAGACAAGAACCUCAAGGACAAGAGACACAUAAAGACUUCACCAUAUCAACAUCAUCAGCUUAUGACACUUUAAUUAUUCAUAACGAUGAUGGGUCUAGAUUUAGUUCUGGUAUACCUAAAUAUCGUUAUGGAAAUAGAGAAGAAAUAAAAAACCAGGGAAAUAAAAAUGGGGGGCGACAGAACAUUGAUAUGGGUGUAAGAGAAAUAACCAAUAUACCAGAUGAUUAUCUGAGUCAGUCACACGUUUUAAAGCAUCUUGCCAAAGAAGUCAAGGUAGAUCCCUCAAGACGUGAUAUUAACUUAUCUCGAUGGCAUGAUACAGAUAAAAAUUCAUGGUUAUCAGAAUAUCGACCAGUUCCUAUAAGAAAUUUGGUUAAAUCAAAGUCUCAACCAAAUCUGGGUACAGGAAUAUUGAAAGUUGAACGUUCUGAAACAGAUCCCAUGAGACAUACAUUAGGAAAUACUAGAAAAGAUCAAAAAAUGUUGUCUAUAGUUGACUGUUUAAUGAUGGAAAACAAAAGUCUGAAAAUAGAAUUGGAAUCAUGCCAUCAAAAAGUUGCCAAAUCAUACAGGCUUGAGCAAGAAGUCUCCAAAGUAUAUCGUUCUCAUCAGGAACUUGUAGAAUCAAGUGAAAGACGAGAAAGACUUGAACGAACAGCUAGACUAAAACUUCAAGCUGAAGUUAGACGUUUACAAGAAGCAAACCGUGCUUUACGUGAUCAAUCAUUGUCUUCCUCAAAUACAGUAGAUUCUAACCAAAUGGUAAAACGUGAAACUGUAAUAGCUCAAUUGAUAACUCAAAAUAAAGACUUGUUAGCUGCUAAAGACCGCCAAGAAAUAGAAUUGGCUGCUCAACGUGCUACACUUGAAGAACAACGUACUCAUAUUGAUAUAUUGGACACAGCAUUAACUAAUGCUCAGUCCAAUGUUGUUCGUCUAGAAGAAGAAUGUCGUAAAAAGCAAGUUCAUGUAGAAAGAGUUGCCCAUCUGCAAAGAGCAUUGUCUUCUCUUCAACUAGCUAGUGAUCGACGUGAGCAGACUGAACGUAAAUUAAGACUGCAAUUAGAAAGAGAACUGCGGAAUGAACGAGGACGCCACAAUAACACUUCUCAAGAUGGUUCAACUGACAAUGAGCCUGGUGAAAGUUUGCCCGAACUGAAACGUAUGCUUCGUGAAAAAGAUGAAAAAAUAAUGCGACUAGAAGGUGAAGUUGCUAAAUGGGAACAACGAUAUUUAGAAGAAAGUGAAUUAAGGCAAGCUGCUAUAGAUGCAGCAAGUAUACCAAAGGAUGCAAAAAUCGCAGCAUUAGAAAAAACCGGUCAAGAAAGUGAAAAACUCAUUGCAGAAGCGCGGUCAGAUAAGUUAAAACAAAUGGAAGAAGUACAUACAGCACAAAAAAAAGUCAGCGAACUGGAAUCGCGGAUGAAAGAAUUGGAAUCAAGAUUGGCCGAACGUGAUGCAAUGAUAAGAGUGUUGCAAAAAAAACAUAGUUUUGAAAAAGAUGUCUCUGGUUCAUAUCCAAGUAUAUGUCUUGGUCAUCAUACUCCACACUCAAGUCUUAAUACUACAGAUUUAACUUCUGAUGACCUUGGAUUUGGCUCAAACAAUUCAUAUACAAGUAGUGUGGACAGUACUUAUCAUCAUCAUCAUGGUAAUAAGUAUUCAUCUGCAAAUCAAAGUUUUGAUCAUAAAUCAUUAGAUGAUCAAUUAAAAGAAUUAGACUCACAGCUACUGAACAAGAGAGGUCUUUGCUGUUUUCCAGGCUUCUCUCAUACGGGCUCUUUGUCGCGAAAAGCGAAAACACCCCAACCACUACUGGAGGCUGUAACUGGCAAUUUCCUUGGUCACCGAGCUGAUGACAUCAUGCUUUUGGAAAAACAGGGUUUGUGUUCUCAAGCACAACGUCAAACACAAGAGAGCCGAUGUGGCAGUUUGCCUCCUAGUUCACUUCCUCGGCCUAAACGUCAUAGAAAAUCUAGCAGUAAAGUUGGAGAGUAUGGUCGUCUCAGCGAUACAGAUGUCAAAUCUAAAGAAGUAAAAAAAUUAGGUGAAUAUAGUCCUUUCAGUGAUAGCCGUAAGAAUUCUUUGAAUUCCCUGGAUACAUCAAGUGAUACUAGUACAGCUCCAAAUACACCUACAGAAUGUCCCAGCUCAGUGAAGUAUGAACCAUUAGAACGGUCACUUCGACAGUCACCCUUACCGCCAGAUGGGUGUUACCGUAGAUCCAGCCACGAGUCUGACGAUAUUACAUCCAGAGAAUUGUCAUGUACAGGGCCUAGAGAAUCUCCAUCUAGAAUUAGUGUUACCCGAGAAUCGAGAUCUAGUAUUACAAGAGAAUCCCCAUCCAGGGCAAUAAUGGUUGGUCCUAGAGACUCACCAGGUAAGAGUAUACUUGAUCCACCCAGAGUCAUGGCUAGAGAAUCUCCAGGUCGUUCAUUUUACAAGGAUACACAAAGAAGUUUUAUACCUCCACCUAGAAAAAUUGAUUUUGCAAGUUUGGGUUUGCCAGAUUCAAAUAAGAUGACAAAUGUAGAAUCAAAAUUAAGGAUAUUUUCUCCAGGAGGAAUGCAAGGAAGAAGAGGAUCAUUGCAAAGAGAUGGGAUUUAUAAAGGAGAUUCCAAUAACAAAAAUGGUGUGCGAUCACUACCCAUUCCUAACAAAUAUAGAAUUCAGUUUUGAUUUAAUAUGUAAUAUGAGUUAAAUGACAAACUAUUAAAUCAUAUUGAUAAUGUUCUUAGCCAGUUCAGAUCUAAUACUAGUUAUAUUUAAUUAAGCAUAGUCAUGUUGUUAAUCAUGUUAGCAAAAAAGUUGCAGUCUUUUAGCGUUACAAGUUAACGUAUAUUGAAAAAUGAUCUGCUAUAUUUUGCUCUAAUUAUUAUAUACUAUGUGCACAUUUAACAGUAAAAAGAAAAUUGUUAAUUUUUGUGCCCUUUGAUAAGAAAUCAACUAUCUUAUGAUUUAUGAUAACAAAGUAACAAUAAAAAAAAAAAAAAAUGUAUAUCCAAAAU